ACCGCUUCAAUUCUCUAUUUCUCUCUCUUCUAUAUUAAGUCAUAAAAAGCAAACAAAUUAAAGGAAAAACAUACCUGAAUAUUCAGUGGUUGGUGGCGACGGAAAAAGUAGGAGAGAGAAAACCGCCGUAAAUCUUAAACGGGAUUUGUAAUUCUUCCAUGGGGAUUCCAGACGACGACACCGUUUCAAUCGAAAAAGGAAAAAGAUCGAGUGACCCAUGGGUGAUUACCGUCAAUUGUCCUGAUAAAUCCGGCCUUGGAUUGGAUAUUUGUCGUACCAUUCUUGAUUUUGGUCUCUUUAUUUCCAAAGCAGAUGUUUCCACGGAUGGUAAGUGGUGCUUCAUUGUCAUGUGGGUGGUUCCUCAUUCUAGCACGUAUGUGGUCCGUUGGGAGAACCUUAAAGAACGCCUCGUCUCAUUUUGUCCAUCAUGCUCCUUGUCAUAUUAUUACGCUCCUCCAGCACCAAAGAACUCCUCAUCCCUCUACUUGCUGAAGUUUUGUUGCCUUGAUCGAAGAGGGUUGUUAUAUGAUGUUACCCAUGUACUCUGUGAGCUUGAGCUCUCUAUUGAGAGGGUAAAAGUGACGACAACUCCAGAUGGAAAAGUUUUAGACCUCUUUUUUAUCACUGAUAAUCUGGAACUUCUCCACACAAAGAAAAGACAAGAAGAAACUUAUGAACAACUACGUUGUGUUUUAGGUGAAUCUUGUAUUACCUGUGAACUUCAGUUAGCAAAUUCACAACACGAAUCUCGUCAUGGGACCUCAUCCGUCUCCCCUAUCGUUGCCGAAGAGCUCUUUGCAUCUGAGUAUUCGAAGAAGGAAUGUCAUAUGCAAGCCCUUAGCCCAGACUUGACUCAACUGAAAAAGGCUGUUGUCAAUGUAGAUAACUCUUUGAGUCCGAGCCAAACACUGCUUCAAAUACAUUGUGUUGACCACAAAGGUCUUCUUUAUGAUAUAAUGAGAACGCUGAAAGAUCAUGAUAUUAAGAUUUCAUAUGGUCGAAUGUCAGCUGUUACAAAGGGACAUCGCGACAUAGAUUUAUUCAUCCAACAGAAAGAUGGAAAGAAGAUUGUGGAUCCUGAGCGAGAAUACUUAUUAUGUUCCUGCCUUAAGAUGGAAAUGCUUCACCCAUUGCGUGUACUCAUUGCGAAUCGUGGGCCUGACACUGAACUAUUGGUUGCUAAUCCAGUUGAAUUAUCCGGACGGGGGAGACCUAGAGUUUUUCAUGAUGUCACUCUUGCUCUUAAAAAGCUUGGCAUCUGCAUUUUCUCGGCUGAGAUCGGAAGGUAUUCUGCAUCAGAUCGGGAAUGGGAGGUUUAUCGGUUUCUUUUGGAUGAGAAUUGUGAGCAUCAAAUGUCGACAAAAGGAGCGAGGAAUCAGAUUGUUGACAGAGUUAGAAGAAUACUAAUGGGUUGGUGAUGGGGUUGAGGGGAGCUCAUUGCUAUCAAAUUUUGGUUCUCAAAUCCCAACCUUUUGCACCUGCACGGUUGUAUUGUGUUGGUGAGCAAUCAAAAUCUUUGGUUUAGACUUUAGACAAUCAUUCAUUUGCAGGCGCAAGCUAUAUGUGUGAUAUAGAAGUAGGUAGUUCAUGGUGUGUGAUCGGCUGAUGGCUUUGCCGAUGAUACUGAUUGCUGAGUUGCCUUACGCAGUCAUUGGGCAUCCAAAUUAUGUUUCUGAAAGCUGCUAAGGCACUUGGGGCCUAGGGGACUCAGAUGACAGGAUGUGCAGGGAAAUGCUAGUGAUUGAUCAUUGGAUCGGUGAAAAGCUACAUCGACCCUCAUUCCUGCCAUUUGCAAUCUAUGCUGGCCCGUUGAUGUAAUAAACAUUGGUUUUGAGUUUAUUUAUGAUAAUAAUUUUAAGAGUA